UGCAACUGUAGCUGGGAUACUCGCGCUAAAUAAAAUACUUUUUGUGCUUCUGCCAUAUAAAUGGGUUACUGCUUGUUUAUUAUGGUGUAAAUGGCCUCCGUGUUCUUCGCUGAAUAUGGAUUGUACUCAGCACUUCCUGAAUAAAACAUGGGGCCAAGGCCUUCAAGGACGACUUUGUACCGAUCGGUUCCCUUUUUAUGUCCUUUCCUGGGCCAGUCCCCGCUCACGUGACCUACAGGCAGGAAGCCUGGGCAGCAGGUGAGCUCUGGUAGCUGUGCCAAUCACUCACCUUCCUGUAGCAGGAGCUGACCUUGCGCUGCCUGUUGUGUAUACCAGUGGCCAGUCAGUGUGUGUUGCUAUGACAGAUAAGAAAGAGGCGGCGUUGUCUGACAAUCUUUCAGCCAUUCCAUGAAUGGGUUGACAUCACACAUUGAAGCUGACUACAUAGUGGAGAAAUAGCUGCCUGUCCCUUUAAAAGCCCUCUUUUAGGUUGAUUCCCUGACGUCACCCAGUAGCAGAGAGAGCGAGGGAGAGGAGGAAGGAGGAGACGAGCAUCUGCUGAGCAGCUAUGGCACAGGAGCGGAGAGGGAGCAGCAGGGCAGCACAGGAGGAGGAUACCUGGCACAGACAGAUGGAUUCACAUGUACCAUUUUCUGAUCAAUGUGUGUUUGUUGCUCCACCAUCACCUGAGCUCCCUCCCAGACCCACUACUUUAUCAUCUCCCCGACUCAGCCCUGCAGGCUUUGGUAGGUCCCAGCCUGAAGGAUCCAGUAGCUUUCAAACUCCCCUCACAGUGGUACAGCUCUCCACCCGUCCUCUUUCACCUGUUGGCUCUGCUGCCCCUGACCGAUCCCAACCUGAAGGAUCUCAGAGGCUCCAUCCUUUAGGAUCCCCAAUAAAUGUAAGAGUGGAAUCUGGCAGAUCACAGCCUGAGGGAUCCUGUCCUAGUCUCUUGUCCCCAACCCGGCAGUUCCCACAGUUGCCUCCACCUCCAUCCUCUCCUCAUCGCUCUCCUGCUCCAAGUCCCAGAGGAUCUCCUGAAGUCUCCAGGCCACCGCACAGAACACACGCUUCUAGGUCCCAAGAGCCACAUCCAGCUCCUGAUUUCAUUCGUCCUUCCAUAGCAGAAACUGGCAAAUCCCAAGGAGAAAGUGCAGUGGAUGGAGCUGGGAAGGACUUUAGGAUAUAUGUUAUCACAUGGAAUGUUGGAUGUGCUGUUCCACCCUCAGACCUCACCUCCCUCCUGUGCCUCAAUGCUAGAGAUGAUAAAAUCGACAUGUUUGUUAUUGGGCUGCAGGAGGUCAAUUCCAUGAUCAAUAAACGCCUGAAAGAUGCUCUGUUCUCAGAUCAGUGGAGUGAGGUCUUUAUGGAUGUCCUCAGUCCUUUCAGCUAUGUUCUGGUCAGCUCAGUGAGAAUGCAAGGUUGUCUAUUGCUGGUGUUUUCAAAGUAUUUCCACUUGCCUUUCCUCCGGGACCUACAGACCGACUGCACAAGGACCGGCCUCGGAGGAUACUGGGGUAACAAGGGAGGAGUCAGCAUUCGAUUGUCUCUUUUUGGUCACAUGGUAUGCUUUCUUAAUUGCCAUUUACCGGCUCAUAUGGAGAAUACUGAUCAGCGUGUGGAUAAUUUUGAAAGCAUCUUACAUCUUCAGCAGUUCCAGGGACCGCUGGCUAAUGGUGUUUUGGACCAUGACUUGGUGUUCUGGUUUGGAGAUCUUAACUUUCGAAUAGAGGAUCUGGAUAUGCAUUUUGUGAAAUCUGCUAUACAAGGCAACAAGCUGGCUCUACUGUGGGAGAAGGACCAGUUAAACACGGCAAAAAUUUUCGAGCCAGUGCUUAAUGGCUUCAUGGAGGGUCCUCUGACCUUUCCUCCCACGUACAAGUUUGAUGUAAGCACCAACACGUAUGACACAAGUUCUAAGAAAAGAAAGCCAGCCUGGACUGAUCGCAUUCUGUGGAAGAUGAAAAAUCCAAUUCCUCAGAGCCCUGCCACACAACCGGGCAUGAUCAGCACAAGGUCUAAAGAAUUAGCAGUGACCUUACUCAGUUACGGAAGCCACAUGCAGUAUACAGAGAGCGACCAUAAGCCUGUGUCUGCUAUCUUCUCACUGCAGUUCUCCUCCUGUAUUGUUGCUCCUCUGGUCCAAAUAUUAGUGCGUGAUGAGUGGUUGCAGCCUGAUGAUGCCCAUGUCGUCUAUCGAUGGUCUCCGGUAUACAUGAAGAGUUCCUGGGAUUGGAUUGGACUUUAUAGAGUGGGAUUUAGACAUCACAAAGAUUAUGUUUCUUAUGUGUGGGCAAAAUCUGAUGAAGAAACAGAGAGAGGGGAACACCAGCACGAGGUGGUGUUCAAUGAGGAAUCACUUCCAAAGGGGACCAGCGAGUACCUUCUUGGUUAUUUCAGUAACAACUUUGGCACACUAAUUGGAAUCACUGAGCCGUUCCAGAUCUCUUUGCCUGACUCAGAGGCAGGUUCUUCCUCUGACAGUUCAGAUCCCAGUUCAGAAGAGGAAGAUAGCACUCAUAUUCUUCUACGACCGAAAUCCCGUAGCCCCAGUCCAGCCAGUGCACGUUCACCGCGGAGCAGGAGUCCAGCUUUGGCUCGUCUCCAUGAUCUCAUGAUUCCCGGCACUUCGUGCCAGAAGAGCCGCAGUCCCUCCCCUAACAGGACCAAGAGCCCCAAACAUGACAGGGGCCAGAGAUCUCGGUCCAGAGAAUCAUCUCGUCGAAGCAAGGGUAAAAGAGUGCAGAGCCCCCUUGUGCUCCAGGCUAUAGCUGUGCCUAUCGUGAGGCCAGCAGCGGUGGGCCAAGGCUCUAAUCCCCAGGCCGCUUCCCCUAGCUCUCCAAAGCCAAAAUCAAAGCUGCAGUCCUCUACCCAAUGUCACGGAGACUCACAUGGUUCAACAAAGAGGCAAGAGCUGCUGUAAACUAGGCCUCCCUUUCACAAAUCUUUGCACUAUUGUGACAUUUUGAGAUGUUAACUGGAAACUGGAGUAACAGAUCCUGAUAUUUGUAUAUAUGUGGGAAUGGAAAAAGUGAGAAAAACAUUGACCACAGAGUUUUCUGCAUUGCCCUGUGUCAUGAGCCUUUAUUUUCCCAAGUCUUUGGCAUAUAUAUUGUUAAAAUGUCCUUAAAUUUUCACCAUGUUGUUUUUGGUUGUAUGCCACUUUCGCGGCAUUCAUCAGAUUGGCCUGUACGGCUGUUGUAUGCUUUUCUCAGUUUUGCAGGAGUUUAUGUUUAGCGAAUUAGGCAAGAGCAGCAGAUAAUCUUUAGGGUUAACAGGUAUAUUUAGUAGCACAUUUAUUAUUGUAUAUGUAGAGACACAAUAGGGACAGCCUCUAUAAAAGGGAUGUAUUGUGAGAACUUAUUGCAGCUGUUAUUCUGUAAGAUGGGACAUUCUCUAGCCUAGAUACUAAUCAGAUGGACAUUUCAUCCCAUUGCACAGGGUUUUCUAGUAAGCACAUAUACUUCCACGUAACGAUGUUAACAAUAACAACCACACUGCUUGAUCCAUGGCUUUAAAGUGGCCUCAGUCCCUUUUUGAACGUUUUAGUCUUGCAUAGAGAUGCAUUCAUAUAGAAUUAUUACUAAAUUAAGAUACUGUUUAUUAUCUGGAGCAGCUGCUUGUUGUUGAGACAGCUCCCUGCAUACAUUCCUCACUUUUUUACUGUGCUUUUAA